UGUAAACAAGCAAACAUUCGAUAGACUGGUGCUACGCCUAUAUCGUGUUUCCGUAAAUCUUUGUGGUACCAGAUGGAUAUGAUUUCAUAUUGUAAAAAAUGUCGAAUUUUCGUCAAAUGUCCUGAUAUUUGUUACCUCUGAAUAACUAAAAAGAUGCGUUUUACACCCUAGAAUUUUGUUGACUGGCAUAAACUUGCAAUGUGAUGCUUCGACAUACAUUGUUUGUACAAACCUUCCACACUUGAUGACUCUUAAGUUUAGUGGAACCUACAACGUUGAAGCUGCAGAGCAGGUGGAUCGCUCGUCUUACCAAAAUUCCAUUACAUGUAAUGUUUGGCUUCUUGAUUCUACUGCUGUCGCGUUCAGAGUUGAUAGAGGCUGUAGCGGUCAAACGCUGCUCGAUUUAACGUUCGACUUUCUGGAGCUUUUGGAAAAGGACUUUUUUGGACUUGUAUACACAUUUCAUCAAACAACAGAGGGUAACUUGACAAAAUGGUUGGAUCCGACAAGAAAAAUCAGGAAGCAGUGUAAAGGAGAAGCAAACUUUACAUUUUGGUUUCGUGUAAAAUUCUACGUUCCUGACCCAGUAUGGCUUCAAGAAGAAUACACAAGAUAUCAGUUCUUCUUACAAAUACGUAAAGAUAUUUUAGAUGGCCGUCUUCCUGUUCCCAAAUCAAUCGCCACUCAGCUAGCUGGGUUAGCCUUGCAAUCUGAAUUAGGUGACUACACUGCUGAAGAAUGUCGACCGGGUUAUGUGAACCAAUUCCGUUUUGUACAAAACCAAAAUGCAGACUUUGAAGCACAAGCAUCUGAAUGGCAUCGUAAAUCAAGUACCCUCUUACCUGCAGCUGCUGAAUUAGAAUACCUUAAUGUGGUCCGUUAUCUAGAUCAUUAUGGAGUUAAAAGUCAUGUGGUUAAAGAUGAACAACAUAACCUUCAAACAAUCACUAUUGGAGUAUCUUUUGUUGGAAUAAGUUUAUUUCGCGAUAAUAAAAUGUUACAACAAUAUUCUUGGGAUAACAUUUCGAAAAUCAAUUUCAAAGGAAAACGAUUCACAAUACAUUUUAAAACGAGUUCAAAAUCAAUGAAUGGUCAUGUUACUUCUAUUAGUGGAUUAACUAGUCCAAUCAUAAAUUUUGGAAGUGAAUUAAAACAACAUUAUCGUUUUCCAUCAGCUGUAAGUACUAAAUUAUUUUGGCAAUAUGCAGUUAGUUGUCAUGCAUUUUUUCGUGUUCGUGAACCAAAUUCGACAACACAACGUAAAUUUACUACUGGUUUAAAUCAACAAGCAUCAACUAUAUCAGCAACAGCGCUUUACGCAGCUAUGUCAAGAAUUGCUAGCGGUUUCCAGCGUUAUUUUUCAAUCACUAGGCGAAGUAGUCUUUCAACUGCCACUCCUAAUGGUCCAGUUGGUGGAGUCGGUCGUACUUUAUCUACACUAAUGGAAUUAAGGCGUAGCUCCAGGGCCUUUGAUCGUAGUUUUUCAAGAACACAUAGUAGGCGAAGUAAUCCUCUACCUCAAGUCAAUUCAGUUCAAAUUGCAUCACCUUCAUUCAAACCAGAUAGUUCAACCAGUUUAUUGUCUGGAAAUCCUAUAGAUUCAAUUAAUACAACUGGAAAUCAAUCAAAAUCUUAUGCUCAAAUCCCUCCUGGUGCAAAAAUUACUGGCUCUGCAAGUAGUGGAAUAUUAAGUGACAGUAAAAUAACACGUUCAAGCUAUCGUAGCAGUACUAAUCAAAACCGUGAAUCAAAUAACGUUCUAUCAUCGCACACAUCAAUUAAUACUAGUGGUAAAGCAAAGAAGUUAACAACAGAUAUGGAAAACUCUACUAAUGUCAUUCGUUUAUCUAGUCAUUCGAAACAGAGUUGUAAUGAGGUAUCAUCUCAAAGGAAUCCAACUAAUAUAACAUCUAAUCAGUUAGAUAAACCUCUUCGACUUAAAUCAUUUAAAACAACUAGCCCAGUAAAUAGUGUUACUGGAGGAACAACACGAGUCAGCCAACGACGUCAACACAACCAACAGUCGUCUAUUCCUCUUCAAAACCAACACCAAGAAACGAAUUCCUCUAGUCAUCAACAACACCAUAACCAUUCUACUGUUGUCAAUGAUUCUAAAAUUUUGUCUAAAAAACCUCAGAAACUACAAAUGGUUGAAAAUGUUGAAUAUAAGGAAACAGACACUGUUGAUGCUACAAAUAACAGUAAUUAUACAAAUAAUCAAGAAUUUGAUAAAGAUGAAACUACUGCUUAUUGGAAUACACGUAGAUUACAACGUUUUCAAGCAAAUAAUAAUAAUCCUUUCGUUACUACGAGUACAGCCUCAACAAUAUCAAUGACAGUAACAGCAUCAACGUCCACACCAAUAACGACAUUGAGUAAUUCUUCAAAUUAUUCAAAAACUCAUUCCGUCUCUAAUAUAAAUAAACAUGACGACGCUGAUGAGAAUGAUUAUGUUAAUCAUAACCGUACGGUCAGACGUAUUCGACAUACUCCAAACGACCAACCUCUUACUGUUACAAAUGAUUCAUAUAUUGAUGAAGACCCUCAGUGUUUCAAAUCUUCACGUGUAUCGUUAAACAAUGCUUUGAAUCGUUCAAACAAUUCAUCUCGUAAUCAAUUAAAUCAUUCUAUCAAAGGUCAUGAUCAAUCUAUUAAUCAGAAAAAAGAGCAUUCAGAUGUAACAAACAAUAAUGGUGUUGAAAUCGAUAACUCCCAACACACGCGUAAUAAAGGUUUAAAUAGAGAUCCAUUUCAUCCAGGUGCCCCAGACGUUGAAAAUUCACUUCACCCACCUGAUGAAAUUAAUGAAUUAAAUUCCGAAGGACUAGUCCGUAUUUCCAUCAGACCUGACAGUCAUGGACGAUUUGGAUUCAACGUAAAAGGUGGGAUUGAUCAUGGAAUGCCGAUUAUAGUUAGUCGUGUCGGUGCUAAUAUGCCUGCUGACUUAUGCAUUCCUAGACUUUCAGAGGGUGAUCAAAUCUUAUUCAUCAAUCAUAAAGAUGUUUCAAACCAGACCCAUUUACAGGUUGUAAAUAUGAUACGUGCUGCAAGUGAACAAAAUUAUGGUACACUUGAGCUUUUAGUUAAACCAAGUGAUUAUGUUACAGAUGAUGUAAAUGAUGACAAUCCUAUCCCAGAUUCUGGAGAUGCUCCUCCAGUUCCACCUAGAUCUUAUAACUCAUCUAUCCGUCGACCAACACUUUCUUUAGAGAAAUUUGCAAGAAAUUCAAAACGUUUAACACGUUUUUCACUUAAAUCAUCAUCAUCUAAUAAUGCAAUGGAUCGAGAUCAUAACAAUAGUACCGUACAUAGAUAUUCUUUUUCUGGUUCCACAUUAUUAGAUUCAAUGAUAGAAUUAGAAAAUCAUUUAGCUGAUGGAUCAUUGUUAAAUCAAUUCGAACAUCUGCCUAGAAGAAAAUCUGGUCUCACAAUGAAUGUGUCUCGUUUAAGCGAGAAUUCAAUAAAAAAUCGUUAUCGUGAUAUUUCACCAUAUGAUCAAACUCGUGUCAUAUUAAAACAAGGGUCUGGAGAUUAUAUCAAUGCUAGUUUUGUAAAUAUGGAAUUUCCAAAAUGUGGAGUAAAUCUUCGGUAUAUUGCAGCCCAAGGCCCAUUACCAAAUACUUAUGGUGAUUUUUGGCAAAUGUGCUGGGAACAACAAGUUUGUUUAAUUGUUAUGUUGACAGCUAUAAGUGAACGUGGUCGAGCAAAGUGUCAUCAGUAUUGGCCAGAUCUCAAUCAUACAGUAAACUUUUCCGUUUCUUCAAGUCCCAGGAUUUCACAGUCCCGUAGUUCAACAGAUCUACAAUUAAAAACUGUACGAGAGGAGAUCAUUACUGAUAUUGCUUAUCGGGAAUUUGAUAUUAGUCAAAUUCCUUCACAUCGUGCCUCUUUGCAAUCAAUGAUAAGGAAACAAACAGAAACACGUCGUAUUUCACAACUUCAAUAUAUUAGUUGGCCAGAUCAUGGUGUACCAAAUGAUACUGAUCAACUUAUAUCAUUUGUAGAACAAGUUCAACGAAUUCGUGGCAAAAAUCAAACACCAAUAGUUGUACAUUGUUCUGCCGGUAUUGGUCGAACUGGUGUACUAAUUGCUAUUGAAACAUCAAUUAAUUUAAUGGAAUGUAAUUAUCCAGUUAAACCUUUAGAGUUAGUUCAACGAAUGCGUGAACACAGAGCUAUGCUUAUUCAAACCACUGGUCAAUUUCAAUUUGUAUGUGAAACUAUUCUCAAGGUCUUUCAUCGUAAGUUUUGUAUGCGAGAUUGAUUUGUGAAUAAGUCAGAGUUACCUUAAAUGUGAUUCAUUUGAUAUUAACAGAACAUUACUAGUUCUUAUAUUAAUUAUUAAUCUAACUACUGGGAGAUACAACCAAAAUAAAAAAGUAAACGGCAGAUUUGAGGUCAACAAUAACCUAUCAACAUCGAGGUCUACAGGAUAAGCUGUGAGCCAUAUGUGGAUAAAUUCGAACACUUCACUUCUACCUAAAGUUUGUGCUGAUGAUGUCGUUCAGAAGAAUGCUGAGAGCUCCAUGAUCAAACCAUCCAGCUCAGAGAACAAAACUCCGUCAAAAUUAUUCACAAGUUAAUUUGAUUUCUUCUAAUUUUUUUAUGAACAUUUUAUGUCAAUUGUUUGACAGUGGAAGUGAUAUUAACGCGUCAAAAAUCCCUCAGAGUAACCGGAAAUACAAAAGAUUAACACUUUAUUGAACUUUUCUGAAGCCAUUUUUAGAAGAUUUUAAUCAAACUCAUGUAUUCAAAAAAACAGUUAUCAAUCUUGUUUCAUCAUGGUGACCUCAGUUUUCAGAGAUUAAUAUGUAAUCUUUUUUCACAUGACUUUCAUCAUAAUUUCGUAUUUAUUGCUUCUAUAAUAUUCAUAUGGUUAACCUUGAGAUAAACAACCGUUUGGGUGAUUUUUUUAUUGGUACCUCGGGUUUGUGUAGACUGCUUGUUAUGUCCUAUGGCCUGUCGAAUAUCAAGUGAUAAAAUCGCUAAUCAGAAGACUGACUCAUUUGGUCUUGUCCCUGUGCCAAACCAAUAAUGCAUUAACCAGCACGAGCAGCCUAAAUUCAAUCCUGAGUCUUUAUUGGUCCUCUAUAUACCAACUCCUCGCCUAGCCCAACCCGUUCAGUCCAGAACAGAGUCAGCGUAAACAAGAUUAUUAAGUGCACAAAUAAAAUGUACCAUUUUAAUACUAGCUGUUGAUAUGUAUCCCUUUUAGCACAUGUCCGUUGGUACACACCCUUAUUGUAGAGUACAUAUAUAUACUUAUCUUUCCUUGCUGAUCUCCACCAAACAUGGUCACAUAAAAGCGAACGUAUAUUUUAAAGGAAUUAUUGUUAUAACGGGAUGAAAGGUCAAAAUUUGAUUGAUUUAUUCAUUAUGAUCUUUAUUCAACAUUAAUCCCGUUUAAUUCAAUUUGAUGAUCACUCUGUAUUGUAUUUGUUUUGUCUUCCCCUAUGACAUUUUAUUCUGUAUAACAUAUGAUAUUCUUGUAUGAAAUAUUAUUCAUAUAUGUUAUUUAUUCUGACUAUUAAUCAAAAAUGUGUGUAUAAACCAAUAUAUAAGUGAGUGUAUUUCCAACUAGACUGGUCGGGAUCGCUCGUACUUCUGGCUGCUUACAGAAUAUAUUUCCCCAUUCGAACUUCGACUUUUCUCUCUAGUUAGCGGGGCUGGGACGCAUCAGAAUAACUAGCUUAUUGAUAUUUGGUCACAGAGUUUUUGUUCCGUUCGCAGACUAAAUGAACCUGUAAUCGCUUCAAACAUUCCAGUAUAAAAUUAUUCUCUAUGGAUUUCCGAAAGAAUUCAAUUAAAUUUUUUCUCUUUUGUUUUCAUCCACCUAUUAUAGGCAACCAUGCUGAAAAUUUGCUCAAGGAUUCCACUGCUAUAACAAGUCAAUCUUGAUAAAUUAUUUGUAGAAAAUAAAAAAUAAUUCAAACAAUGAAAUGCGACAUUUUCUACACAUUAACAUUUGAAAAUUUCAUCAUUGAUAUUAACUCUCACUUAAAAUAUUCAAUUGUCUAUAACUACUUGUUAAUACUGUAUAUUAAUCUUUAGUUUUAAUUAUUUGGUCAGAAGACAAAUGGUUUCUUUGUUUGUUUCCAACUUUUAUCAUAUAUAUAUAU